GUGCAUUGAUAACGUUAGUCACCGAUAUACAAUUAUGUGGUAUUUAUAAAUAAUAGAAUUUUGUUUGCUCAAUACGCUCCAAAAAACGUUUCAUGUUCACUGGUUAUACUUUUUUACGAAUUUUUAAAAGUUUCAUAUUGAUUACAAAAUUCCUAAAAAUGUGUAAAAUAAUUUAAUUCGUCGAAUGAUCUUGUAACGUGCCUUGCGUUUUGUAUUAAGGGAUAGCUGUUACUUAUAUUCAAAAAUGGCACAAGAUAAUGAAAUUCGCAUCAGAACUGUGUAUAAUGGUGGUAUCAUGAUAACGUAUAUCCUUCCUACUAUAAUACUGGAUGAAUUCUAUAAAGAGAUCCGAGAAAUAUGCAAAUUUAGCAGUGAGCAACCAUUUACUGUCAAAUGGAUCGAUGAAGACAAUGAUCCGUGCACUAUAUCUUCUCAAGAGGAAUUGGAUGAAGCCCUUCGGUUGUAUGAAGCAAAUCAUGAUUCCGAAUUGACCUUACACAUAUUUCCGAAUGUCCCACCCAUACCUGGAAUGCCAUGCGUGGGGGAAGACAAGUCUAUUUAUCGGCGCGGGGCUGGGCGCUGGAAGCGCGGCAAGAAAUACAUGGUGAACGGCCACGAAUUCGAAGCUAAAAGAUUCAACAGAAGAGCCUACUGUGCCUUAUGCGUUGACCGUAUUUGGGGCCUAGGUCGACAAGGGUUCAAGUGUUGUAAAUGUAAACUUUUAGUUCAUAAGAAAUGCCACAAGCUUAUUAAAAUACCAUGUGGGGUUGUGUCCGAAAGGUCAUUUGAACCACACCCCAGGGAUUCUGUGAGAGGAUCUCCCAUUCCACCCCGCAGGCGGGACAUAGUCAAUGGAGAAGUCAGUAGUGUCAAUUCUGAGUCUGUUCAGAAUAGUAUUAUAAAAGGGAAAGCACGUUUGCCAAGAGGGAUCAAUGAAAAUGAGGUGUCUCAAGACAUCGAUCAAGCGUCAAAAGAAUAUGACCAGGAGCCUCAUCAGUAUACCUUAGAUGAUUUUGAUCUGCUGAGAGUGAUUGGGCGGGGCUCGUAUGCCAAAGUUCUGAUGGUAGAGUUACGAUCGACCAAACGUGUGUAUGCAAUGAAAGUUAUAAAAAAGGAGCUGGUAAGUGAUGAAGAAGAUAUUGAUUGGAUCCAGACAGAAAAGCACGUCUUUGAAACUGCUUCUAAUUAUCCUUUUUUAGUUGGCUUGCAUUCAUGCUUCCAAACUCCCAGUCGAUUAUUUUUUGUCAUAGAGUUUGUGCGUGGGGGUGAUCUUAUGUAUCAUAUGCAAAGACAACGACGACUGCCAGAGGAACAUGCUCGGUUCUAUUCAGCAGAAAUAUCCUUGGCUCUCAACUACUUACAUGAGCGUGGAAUUAUAUAUCGAGAUUUGAAGUUGGAUAAUGUUUUGUUGGAUCAUGAAGGUCAUAUCAAGUUGACUGAUUAUGGAAUGUGCAAGGAAGGAAUAGCUCCUGGUGAUACAACAAGUACGUUUUGUGGAACACCAAAUUAUAUAGCACCAGAAAUUCUGCGAGGUGAAGAUUACGACUUCUGCGUUGAUUGGUGGGCUCUAGGUGUUUUACUCUAUGAAAUGUUAGCUGGGCGUUCUCCAUUUGAUAUUGUUGGGGCAGCUGAAAAUCCAGAUCAAAACACAGAAGAUUUCUUGUUUCAAGUAAUCCUUGAAAAGACCAUUCGUAUUCCACGUUCUAUUUCUGUGAAAGCACAAUCUGUUCUAAAAGGGUUUUUGAAUAAAAAUCCUGCUGAGCGUCUUGGAUGCCAUCCACAGUCUGGGUUCUCAGACAUUACUUCUCAUCCAUUCUUUAAAAGCAUUGAUUGGAAUCUUUUGGAAGGCAAGCAAGUGCCACCACCUUAUAAGCCUAAGCUUGAGACUGAUAGAGAUUUGGAACAUUUUGAUCCACAAUUUACUAGUGAACCAGUUGUUUUAACUCCGGAUGAUCAAAAAGAAAUUGAAAAAAUAGAUCAGUCUGAAUUUGAAGGGUUUGAAUAUAUUAAUCCGUUAUUAAUGUCAAUGGAAGAUUGUGUUUAAUCUAAAUUCUGUUAAAUGUUAAAGGUGUUUUUUUUUUGUAUAAAAUAAUAAUGUACUCGUAAAUUUGCUUUAAAACAUUUUAAUGUUGUUUAGAAAAUGUAUAGAAGUAGUAGUUUUAUGAUAGGGUCCAUACUCUUGUAGUAUUUUUUCUUUGUAGGUAAUCUCAUAUUUAUUUUGUUAAUUAAAAUUUAAUGGAAUUUUUGUAGGUUCGUAAAAGGAUUUAAUACUGUAAUUCCAUUUUUUUUUUUAUCCUGUACAAUUAUUAUUAAAGUAAAUUUUAAUAAUACAAAUAGUUUUAUCACAAAGAAACAACAUUAAAUAUUCUGCAGCAUGCUUCCAUUUUUUUAUAUUAUUAUUUUUUUAAGUAUUAUACACUCUAAUACUUGUUAAUCUUGUAUUAAUAUUAUAGCUUUCUUUUGUCUUAAGGUGUCGAGUUUUAAGUCUGAAUUUUAUUCUGUUCAUAUUUUUCUGUAUAUUAUUUCCUUGAUCAUUUAUUUUGUAUUUACUCAUUUUUCUUAUGAUUAUUAAUAUUUUUGUAAUUAAAAAUUUAGCUAAUUUUCAUUAAUGAACUCUAAAACUGUAAAUCAGCCUUAAUGAAGGUGGUUAAAAAUAUUUGUAAUGCAUGAAAACACUUUUUUAGAUCAUUUACUAUUGAACAUUCCUGCCACCGUAAUGGUAAAAGUGUAAUAAUAUUUAUGGGAAUGUUUAAAAUAUCAUUAUUUUUUUGAUAAUUUAUUUCAUAUUUACUGAUCCACUCAAAGGUUAUUAAAUUUUUUGUAUGCGAGUUAUAAAUUUAGUUAGUUAUCAUUAGUGAAUUAAUAGGUAUCUAUAAACUUUAUUGAACAUAAUAACAUCUGCCUAAUGGAACUGUGCAUGAAAUGCUUUAUCAGAAAAUUUGUAAUUGUAUGUUUUUACUAGAAGAAUGAUAAAAGUGUAAUAAUGUUCAUAAGAUUAUCUAUGGAAUUAAUGUUUAUUAGAAAUUGUUAUACAUUUUUAUAAACAGUAAUUUGUAAUAUGAGCUGUUUUAUAAAACAAAAUGUGAUACUUUUAAUCUUGUUCGAAUUUAUACAAACAAUGAAAUAAACUUUUAUGUAUUGUAUCUUUUUUUUUUUUUUUGCUUUUACAUGAAAAGAGCUUAUGAGUGGAAUAAAUGAGUUCUGGGAUGAUGGUGAUCUGGGUAUGGCCUGAAAUCGUACGUUCCUAGUUUCUUAAAGCCAGUUUUGUAAUAUAUAUUGUCCCGUUAUCUGCCAUAGAUUUUGAUUUAGAAACAAUAUAGAUGCCAGAUUUACCUUCUCGAUCAGAAUAUCUUGUUCAUACUAAAGUAUUUACAGAUUAGCAAGGAAAAAUGUUAGCACUGUUAAUAUUCAUAUUUCUGAUUGCUAAUAUUUGAAGUGUCUUCCUGGGAAUAUCUUACUUUUCAAGUUGAAAUUCACUACUUAACAAUGUAAAUUCUAGUAAGAGUGUAUGUAUUCUGAAUUAUAUGAAAUUAUAUUGGCUUUUAGCUCCUGAGGUUUAAAUGAUUUAUAAGAAUCUAAGAACUUUUUUAGUAUUCGCAUAUUCCAAAUUUUGCAAUAUUCUGUCUAAAGAUGAGAUAGUGGCAAAUGUGAUUUGGUUAUAUCUUAUUUUUAGUGAAUUUUGUUGUUAGAAAAUUUAUAUAUAUAAUUUGAAGAUUAAUUAUAUGGAUGGCAUUGUACCUGAGCCAUUUAUAAAGUAUAGUUUUAACAUUCAAAUACUAUCAGUUUGUGAGAUAUUUAUCCUCAUUAAACAAAAAUAACCAAAUUUUUUGAGGUCAAGAAAUGCCUCUUUAAAACAUGUUGGAAAGGAUUUUACCUGUGAAAAAUGUUUUAGAGGUAAUUUAUUGAAUUGCUGCAGAACUAAAUUACAUUUGAGGAGUCAUUAGUUUUUUACUAAUGAUUUUUCAUUUUUAACACUUAUUAAUAUGCUUGCUUUGUAUUUACAUCUAGCAAUUAAAAGUAAAGGAUCAAUGCCAUGUUGAUCAUAUUGAAUUUAUUUUCAAUUAUUAAGAAAUAUAUCAAUAUUAUUUAUUAUAAAUAUUUCAAAAUU